UUUUAUCAUUCCAAGUUAAUUGUUCGUAUAAUAGUCAACACAAUGAGAUUAUUUAUAUCGCUUCUUUUCGUGAUAGCAUUAUCCAAUAUAGUCAGAGGUGGCUUCUUAAUAGGCCACCACCCGUUUCCAUCCAACCUUCUAUCACAUAGAACACUCAUAGGGGGCGCAGCAGGGGCACACCCUUUCACGGGCGCAUAUUCGUCAUCUUCAUUGUCACAAACUGUCUCAACAGCUCCUCAACAGAUUCAAUCUUCAUAUUCUACUUAUCAUCCUUUUAGCUUUGAUAACGGAAACCAACUGAAUCAAAAUCAAGGACAGUUGAACCAAAAUCAAGCUCAGUUUAAUCAAAAUCAACGCCAGUUCAAUCAGAACCAGGGACAGUACAAUCAAAAUCAAGGACAGUAUAACCAAGUACAGUAUAACCAAAACCAAGGUCACAACAAUCAAGAUCAAGGACAAUAUAGGCAGGGCAACCAGAACCAAGGAGAGAACAACCAGAACCAAAGUCAGAAUCAGUUUACUCCCAAUAACUUAUAUACAACAGUGCAAAGUAACUUCAAUGGCUACAACAAUCCUAACCAUCCUGCAGUUAUAGCUUUCGGUUCCUACGCACUAGGAAACGGUCCUAAUCAAGGUCACAACCAGGGUCAAAGAGGUCAAAACCAAGGUCAAGGCGGCAAUAAUCAGAAUCAGAACUACGACUAUGGAUUUAACCGAAUUAGUCACGGACCCCACAAUAGCUAUGGCAGUUUUUAAGGACUUUGUUUGAUUUUAUGGCGAUUUGAUGACGGACUAACGAUUUAUUUAUACAAACCAUGAGACUGGAAGAAGACCAAACGUUUUUAAUGAGAGCAACAUUCAUUUAAUUGUAAAUAAAAACAUCGUCACACCAAUAAAUUAUUUUGAAAUAA